AUGGGCCAAGGGGACGAGAGCGAGCGCAUCGUGAUCAACGUGGGCGGCACGCGCCACCAGACGUACCGCUCGACGCUGCGCACGCUGCCCGGCACGCGGCUCGCCUGGCUGGCGGAGCCCGACGCCCACAGCCACUUCGACUAUGACCCGCGUGCCGACGAGUUCUUCUUCGACCGCCACCCGGGCGUCUUCGCUCACAUCCUGAACUACUACCGCACGGGCAAGCUGCACUGCCCGGCCGACGUGUGCGGGCCGCUCUACGAGGAGGAGCUGGCCUUCUGGGGCAUCGACGAGACCGACGUGGAGCCCUGCUGCUGGAUGACGUACCGCCAGCACCGCGACGCCGAGGAGGCGCUCGACAGCUUCGGCGGCGCGCCCCUGGACAACAGCGCCGACGACGCGGACGCCGACGGCCCCGGAGACUCGGGCGACGGCGAGGACGAGCUGGAGAUGACCAAGCGCUUGGCGCUCAGUGACUCCCCGGAUGGCCGGCCCGGUGGCUUCUGGCGCCGCUGGCAGCCGCGCAUCUGGGCGCUCUUCGAGGACCCCUACUCGUCCCGCUACGCGCGGUACGUGGCCUUUGCCUCCCUCUUCUUCAUCCUGGUCUCCAUCACCACGUUUUGCCUGGAGACCCACGAGCGCUUCAACCCCAUCGUGAACAAGACGGAGAUCGAGAACGUUCGGAACGGCACGCAGGUGCGCUACUACCGGGAAGCGGAGACCGAGGCCUUCCUCACCUACAUCGAGGGCGUCUGCGUGGUCUGGUUCACCUUCGAGUUCCUCAUGCGUGUCGUCUUCUGCCCCAACAAGGUGGAGUUCGUCAAGAACUCGCUCAACAUCAUCGACUUCGUGGCCAUCCUCCCCUUCUACCUGGAGGUGGGCCUGAGCGGGCUGUCGUCCAAGGCGGCCAAGGACGUGCUGGGCUUCCUGCGCGUCGUCCGCUUCGUGCGCAUCCUGCGCAUCUUCAAGCUGACCCGCCACUUCGUGGGCCUGCGGGUCCUGGGCCACACGCUCCGCGCCAGCACCAACGAGUUCCUGCUGCUCAUCAUCUUCCUGGCCCUGGGCGUGCUCAUCUUCGCCACCAUGAUCUACUACGCCGAGAGGAUAGGGGCGCAGCCCAACGACCCCAGCGCCAGCGAGCACACGCACUUUAAGAACAUCCCCAUCGGCUUCUGGUGGGCCGUGGUCACCAUGACGACGCUGGGCUACGGAGACAUGUACCCGCAGACGUGGUCCGGCAUGCUGGUGGGGGCGCUGUGCGCGCUGGCGGGCGUGCUGACCAUCGCCAUGCCCGUGCCCGUCAUCGUGAACAAUUUCGGGAUGUACUACUCCUUAGCCAUGGCUAAGCAGAAACUACCAAAGAAAAAAAAGAAGCAUAUUCCACGGCCACCGCAGCUGGGAUCUCCCAAUUAUUGUAAAUCUGUCAUAAACUCUCCACACCACAGUACUCAGAGUGACACAUGUCCGCUGGCCCAGGAAGAAAUUUUAGAAAUUAACAGAGCAGAUUCCAAACUGAAUGGGGAGGUGGCGAAGGCCGCGCUGGCGAACGAAGACUGCCCCCACAUAGACCAGGCCCUCACUCCCGAUGAGGGCCUGCCCUUUACGCGUUCGGGCACCCGCGAGAGAUACGGACCCUGCUUCCUCUUAUCAACCGGGGAGUACGCGUGCCCACCUGGUGGAGGAAUGAGAAAGGAUCUUUGCAAAGAAAGCCCUGUCAUUGCUAAGUAUAUGCCGACAGAGGCUGUGAGAGUGACUUGACCAGGCGGCUUGGCCGAGGACACUGGUGGCUAUUAAGCAUCUGGGUGGACCUGCAGCCCCUCCUCACCCUCGGACAGAGUAAAUUCACGCCAUGCAGGUUUGCCGGACGAGUCCGAGUGGCCCAGGCAUUGUACUAGGACGGACGUAGCUUUUCCUACGGCCAAAUGGUAAC